UCCAACACUUCCCUGCUUGUUGAGCAAAGUAACAAUUAACAGCUCCCUGAAAUCUUGCAUAAAACUGUUGGAGGCAUCUGUCAGGUAGAGAGCAGUGCUGUCAUGCGUCCUCAGCGGCUCAGUAAAAAGGCAUGUGAAACACCUCUGUUACUUUUCAGCUGGUUUUGAUCACACACACAUACAGUGCCAUCUAAUCUGAAUAAAUGAAGAAAGUGACUAUGAAAUCGCAACAUCUACCAUCUGCUAUUUCCAUCAGUGAGGACAAGUACAUUACCAGGGAUCAACUUAACUCUUUACUGAAGACAUAUAACUAUUUUUAUACUGACCAAGAAAAUCUGCAACUCUCCUAUAAUCAGCCAGAAGGCAGCAAACCAGUUAUCGAAGGAAUUCUAGCUAUUUUUUGGGGAGUACGUUGUCCCAUCUGGUUAAAAAUCCAAGAUGAGAAGCAAAUUCCCCCUUUUGUGACUCUGAAGUCGCCAGAGCGUGUGAGUUUGUUCCCUAGUAAAAGGGGGAUGAUGCGCUGGGGUGAAGUUCAUAAUCUCCAUCACAUUAGCAAAGAGACACCAAAUUCUUCAGAAGAACCCCCAAACUGUGAGGAAGGUUGCUUCUCUUACGAGAGCAGCACCCUGAAGCCAAGGAGUGUGCAGGAGCUCAACUCCCUGACCCCACACAGAACCAGAACCUUGAGUGAUGCUGCACAAGUGAGGAAAAGGGCAAAUUCCCCUACAAUAGCAAGAAAAGAUGUGGAAACGCACAGGUUCUCCAUUAAUGGGCAUUUCUACAACUACGAGACGUCAGUUUUCACUCCAGCCUUUGGAUCAGAAACUAAAAUAAGAAUAAACAGUAACAUGAAAACAGGAGAGGUAAUAGAGCAACUGCUUCAGAAAUUUAAGAUUGAAAACAGUCCACAAGAAUUUGCACUUUAUAUCAUCCAUGCAUCAGGAGAAAAGAAAAGGCUCAAGAACACAGACACUCCACUGCUGGAGAGACUUUUACAGGGUCCCUCAGAAAAGAUUGCCCAAUUUUUUCUCAUGGACAAGAAUGCAGAAGAAGUUACCAGUGAUGUUGCUCAGUACCUUAAAUUUCACGUUCCUCUUCUGGAAUCCUUUCUGCACAAACUAGAUGAAGAAGAAGAACGGGAGAUUCAACAGACAAUUGCAAAAUACGGUAGGGAGAAGGAUAUCAUCCGUCAGCACCUUGACAGUAAAACAGUAAUAAAAACGGAGACUACCGUAUAAUGUCGCAGCCUGCAGCUGAUAAAACACUUCCUCUAAGCCAAAGGAGACUUAAUUUUCUAUCCCUUAUAUCCUUGGAAAUAUUGAGAAUGUGCCAUAAUUCUGACAUCUAUAGCACAUGGGCCUGUCAAGUGGGGUAGGAGGUGUUACUGGUGACUGUGCAUCUGGGAUUGAAAAGAGACUCCACUACAAUCUGAAUGGGAAUUAAGAAGAGCUGAUAAAAAUCAUAUUGUUCUCUAGCCUGGGUACUGCACAUUGCGAACACUCAUGUAACUUGAAACUUCAGAAAGGAGAAAAGCCAAUUAAAAGGGCACAGCUUUGAAACCUGUUCACUUGCCCCCCACUAGCCAGAGCCAGAGAGAAAUAUCGUAAUCACCCAGAUGGAGUAAGAAACGUACCGAAAACUGAAAAUAAAGUCACAGGCUGUCUUUGUUUUAGAGAAAUCAUUUAGUCUGAGUCUAGGGGUGUUCGUUAAUGGAUCUAGGGCCAAAUUUACAAAGGUAUUUAGGCACAUAAGCAGCUGAAGUAGCUAAAUCCCUUUGAAAGUCGAUGGAAGUUAGGCACCUAAGUCUCUUCCCUUUGUAAAUCAGACCUUUAGUGUGUUAGUUUGAAUGAGAAGAUCUGAAAAAGACCCUUCCCCUCAUGCUUUGUAUUUAAUCAAUUGAUUAAAAAUAAGAGGUUAAUUUUUCACCUGAAACUCCUUUUUAAGUCACUGUUUAUUGAGCUCUCUCUAAACAUGAUCACAAUUGAUCAGUUUCUUCAAGACCCCACAGAGGUAUUUUCUUUUGGAUAAGAAAGUGACUACUUUCCUAUUUCCUUGUUCCUUCUUCUUUAGAGGCUGAGGUGGGCUCUGGUCAGCAGGCAAAAAUAUGUGUAGGCAGUACGAUCCCAGUGGGUAUCGCUGGGGCAGACUAGCAUAAUUUACCCAUGUCCCAGGCAUUGUGUGGCCACAGCACAGAGUCUGUAUCAGUCUCUUCCUUAAUAUCAGUCACUUGGAUCACGCAUCCCAAGCAUUUUGCUAAGGCCAAACUUGCUAAGUUGUGAAUAAAGCUCAUCUAAUUCAUAGGAAUAACUCACUGCCCUCUGUGAUCAGGCUGUGCUUGCCUUUUGUCUUGUGGUUUCUAUGUCCCAUGCUGAGCUGUCAUGUACUUAUGCAAAUUACACAGGACAAACAUUGAGGGGUUGCUGUACCAUAAUGCACAAUAGGCUGCCAUAGAACAUAGUGGAAUAAAUUACACAAACAUAAAUAACCACUUUACUCUUGCCUGAGACAUUGUAACUUGGAUGGUGCAUCAAAAAUGAAAAGCACUGGUGUUAAUGGGAAUUAUUAUUUGUUAUCAGCAACUAGUUUAUUUUAAUGCACAGCUUCUUAUAAUCCUGCCUGUGCACUUUAAUAAAAAGUGCUUAUUUUUUAGCUAAAACCAUUCUGCAGUCAAGAAUACUUAGUAUUAAAUAUCUCAAAGCUAGAACUGUCCAUUCCUUACACCAAGAAACGCAGCUGCAGUAUUUGAAAAGUUUCAUUGCCAAACCUUAAAAAACAGGAAAUAUGAGCCAAAAGGUUUAGGCUUGUAAAGAGCAGGCCACAUUUCAAUGAAGUCCAGACCAGUUUAUGGGUUUGGGUCAAACUCAAGUAAAUUAAAUGAUUAUGUGGUUUCCACCCAAAACCAAGCACAAGUUACAGUUUUAGCUGAGUUUCACAUUGAGUUUUCAGUUCACUUGACGAUGGAGUGUAACCUUUGGCGCCGGUUAGAUAGCACUACACCAUAACUUACUUAUUGUUAUAUUAAUGUAACUGGAGUACAAGCCUUUUGGCUGAUUAGAAAUUAUAUAAUUUGAUUGUUUUAAUCUUAAUACAAAAAAGUAUUUUUUGUUACUCUGGUCUCUCUCAAUGGUUUGCAAUGUAUCCAGUGCAUUAUAUGUUUGAAAAAAUUCUAAUGAGUGUUAUGUAGAAUGGCCUAUGGAAUUCAGCCUCGUAACUGGUGAGUAGUUAUUUAUGAAUACAGAGUAUGAAAAUGUUGACAUAUUAAAAUAUUAAUAACUCAAUGACCUUGCUGACAUGUAAAAGCUCAUCUAUCUACAGGCCAUAUGGAAAAUGCCUGGGAAAAAUUCAGGUCAGGUCCAGUAACACCUACAGGCACACAGUUCUUAAUGUAGCAAAGCACUUAAGCAUUGGCUUAACUUUAAGUAAGUGCUUAAAUCCGUUGGCUUUAAUUGUUUAACCAAAUCGGGCUUAAGUAGAGGGGAGUUCUGCAUUUACAUAAAAGCUGCAAAAUUGGUCCCACUGAGAGGGUAAGUGGCUAGAUUUAAGGUACUUUAAAUCUAAUAGGUCUAUUUUCAAAUAAAAUAACCCAUUCCAGUAGAUAAAUUAUGAGAGUAAAAGUUCAUCCUUACAAAGGUUAUCAUGGAGGAAAACAGGCUCAUAUCCAAUUAUUCUUAUUACAUUUAAAUUAAUGUCUCAAUUAAGGGGAAAAACUAGUCUGUCUACAUGGAUCUUGGUCACCCUCUCAUUGUGCAUAUUGUUUCAACUGUCAAAUUUAUCUUCCAUUUGGUACUUGAAGAUCAGGAGCAGAUACAACCUGGUAGCCUAUGCUUUUGUUUUUUGUCAGGGCUGUAGAAAUACAGCCCCUCAGAAUGACCCUAUCAAGUUACACUCAUGUAUAUUGGGGCAUAUGUAUCGUUUUCAGAAAUCACAGAACUUAGCUUUAAUGUGCUCUUCCUGCUUGGUAAUGAGCCUUUAAAAAAAAUAGAAGUACUUGUGGCACCUUAGAGACUAACAC